AUGUGGAUCCACCCGGAGGAGGUUCUGCUAGCCGGCCCGCUUUGGGUAUCCGAGCGGGCCAACCCUUUCUUCAUCCUGCAGAAGCGACGAGGGCACGGCCGCGGAGGAGGACUCUCCGGUCUUCUGGUGGGGACUCUGGACGUGGUCCUGGACUCCAGCGCCAGGGCGGCCCCUUACAGGAUCCUCCUCCAGACGGGCGACUCUCAGAUCUUCUGGAACCUAGCCUGCGGUUCCUCUCGCAAGGAGAUAACGGAGCACUGGGAUUGGCUGGAGGCCAACUUGCUGCAGACCAUCUCCAUCUUCGACAACGACCAGGAUGUCACCACCUUCGUGAAAGGGAAGAUUUCGGGCAUGAUCGCGGAAGAGAAGCGUCUGUCGCCGGGCGAGGAACAGGAACAGGACUGCGGCAAGUUCCGAGAAGCCCAGCUGAAGAUGAGGAAACUGUUCGGGAUGCCGGAGGAGGAAAAACUGGUCAACUAUUACUCGUGCAGCUACUGGAAAGGUCGCGUUCCACGUCAGGGUUGGCUCUACCUUUCCGUCAAUCACCUCUGCUUCUACUCCUUCCUGCUGGGGAAAGAAGUGACUCUGGUGGUCCAGUGGACAGAAGUGACCCAACUAGAGAAGAACGCCACCUUGGUGUUCCCGGAGAGCAUCCGCGUGAGAACCCGGACGGGUGAGCACUUCUUCUCCGUCUUCCUGGACAUCAACGAUACCUUCAAGCUGAUGGAGCAGUUGGCCAACAUGGCCAUGCGCCAGCUGCUGGACAACGCCGCCGACCGCUCGCUGCCCAAAGCUCGCAAGGCCCUCAAGAACGUCUCUGCGCUGAAGAGGGAUCUUGACGCGUGUGCCAAGAACGAGCGAUAUCGCAGCGCCUUCCGCCUAACUGAAGACGAGCGUCUGGACGGCCACACGGACUGCACUCUCUGGGCGCCCUUCGCCAAGACUCACGUGCCGGGCCAGCUCUUCAUCUCCGACAACUACAUCUGCUUCAGCAGCCGCCGAGAAGACCUCUGCCGGCUCAUCGUCCCUCUCAGAGAGGUGUCGGUGGUGGAGAAGGCGGACAGCAGCGACGUUCUUCCGUGCCCACUCUCCAUCAGCACCAAGAGCAAAAGCAACUUCCUGUUCGCCAACCUGAAAGACCGAGACUUCCUCGUCCAGCGCAUCUCUGACUUCCUGCAGCGGACGCCGGACGGCUCGCGAGGGGAUGCCAUGGUGCGACCGAAACCCGUCCGCCGUUGUCUACGUCGCGACUCUUUGUUGAGGUCGUUUCGUGUCCCGCAGGCGCCCUUUUACGGCCCCGACGCCCCCACUGCCACUCAAGGUCUUCUGGAGCUUUACCGCAAAGACGCCCCUGAGGACUUGGGACCCAAAGCCAUGAAGGAGAAGAUGAAGGAGGAGGCGUGGAACAUCCACUUCUCUGAAUUCGGCCGAGGAGUCUGCAUGUACAGAACGCCCAGGAGCCGAGAACUGGUCCUCAAUGGCAUUCCCGACAAGCUCCGUGGAGAACUCUGGUUACUUUUCUCAGGAGCAUUGAACCAAAUGUCGACGCAACCGGGUUACUACAGCGAGCUUGCGGAGCGGGCGGCGGGCCAGUGCUCUUUGGCCACGGAAGAGAUCGAGCGGGACCUUCACCGCUCCAUGCCUGAGCACCGAGCCUUCCAAAACGAGACUGGCAUCGCCGCCCUGCGCCGGGUCCUCACUGCUUACGCUCACCGGAACCCGGGCAUCGGAUACUGCCAGGCCAUGAACAUCGUGACGUCGGUCCUGCUGCUGUACUGCACCGAGGAGGAAGCCUUCUGGCUGUUGGUGGCGCUCUGCGAACGCAUGCUGCCGGACUACUACAACACGCGAGUCGUGGGGGCGCUGGUGGACCAGGGGGUGUUCGAGGAGCUGACCAGGGCCUUCCUACCUCUGCUUUACGAGCACAUGCGCGAACUAGGCGUCAUCUCCACCAUCAGCCUUUCUUGGUUCCUCACCAUCUUCCUGUCCGUCAUGCCGUUCGACAGCGCCGUGAUUCUUGUGGACUGCUUCUUCUACGAGGGCGUCAAAAUCAUCUUCCAGGUCGCUCUGGCGGUGCUCCACGACAACACGGACGCCUUGUUGGCCUGCGUCGAUGAGGGAGAAGCCAUGACCGUCCUGGGGAGGUAUUUGGACAACGUGGUGAACAAGCAGACGGCCGUGUCAGUUGACACUCCCGCACGUGACGACGGAGAUGAGCCGCCGCCGGAGAUCGACAUCUUCCGCCUCAUCGAGUCGUCCUACGAGAAGUUCGGCAGCCUCCGCGCCGACGUCAUCGAGCAGAUGAGGUUCAAGCAGAGGUUAAAGGUCAUCCAGUCGCUGGAGGACACUGCCAAACGGAGUGUGGUGAGAUCUGUGAUGACUGAGUCGGCGUUCGGCAUCGAGGAGCUGGAGGACCUCUACUGUCUCUUCAAGGACCAGCACAUGAGCAGCUGCUACUGGGGCGGCGGCGCGGCGGCCGAGCGGCACGACCCCAGCCUGCCGUACCUGGAGCAGUACCGCAUCGACGCCGCCCAGUUCUCGCGGCUGUCGUGCGCCCUGUCCGCCUGGCCCUGUGCCGAGCACGCGCCCGUCCUGGCCGCCCGCCUCUUCAGGAUGCUGGACCGCAACCGCGACGGCUUAGUCAACUUUAAGGAGUUUGUGGCGGCGCUCAGUGGGAUGUACCACGGAGAUGUGACCGAUAAACUCAAGCUGCUCUACAAGCUCCACCUACCCCCAGCUUUUUGUCCUGAGGAGGCGGAGUCUGCGUCGGAGGCGGCAAACUUCUUCACUAACGACGUGCAAAAAGGCGAGGAGGCCCGAUCCGAGUCGGACGUGGGCGGCACGGGCGAGGAGAAGAAAGAAGACUACAGGUACUACCUGAGCAUGUGGGCCGAGGAGAAGGAGCCCAAGCGGGAAUCCAUCAAAGAUCUCCCCACGAUGAAGCAGGAUCAAUUCAUCGAGUUGUGCAAGACCUUGUACAACAUGUUCAGCGAGGAGGAAAGCCACGAGCAGCAACUCUACCACGCCAUCGCCACCGUAGCCAGCCUGCUGCUGCGCAUCGGCGAAGCGGGCAAGAAGUUCAACAACAAGGCGGACGACGGCGCCGACGCCGAUUGGGCCGUCACCUUCGAGCAAGUGCUGGCGUCCAUCUUGACCGAGGCGCCGCUAGUGGAGUACUUUGAGAGGAAACGGGACAUACAAGCCCAGGUGGCCGCCCUCAAAGCCCGGCGUGCGGAGGAGAGGCGGAGCGACUCCGCCUCCUCCCGGGACGCCCCCGUUCAACCCCGCCUCCACGUCGGCCGGCAAGAGACUUGA